GACAUUGCUACUAGCUGACAACCGUUCAGGAGCUCCACAUUCCAUCAGUCCCUGAAGGAACCAGUUUGCUGUUUGGUCUGUUCUUGAUUUCUGAAUCAUGAAGAUCUUCUUUCUGCUGGCUCUAAUUCCUUUGGAGGGGAAAGGAAUUUCAGGUGAACCAAUCAUUGCUGCUCCUGGUGAUGAUGUCAUCCUGCCGUGCCGCCUGGACUCUCAGGAGGAUCUGCAGGAUCACAGCGUGGAGUGGACCAAACUGGACAUGAAGCGUUUUGUGUUUCUGUACUGGAAUGGACAGAUCAUAACUGAACACAUGAGCGAGUCGUUGAUCCCGAGAGUGUCUCUGGACCAAGACGGACUAAAACGAGAAGACGGGACGUUAAAGAUCAGGAACGUGUGGCUCCAGGAUGAGGGGAAGUACAGCUGCUUCAUUCCUGGGAAGAACUUCAGGGAGACGGUUCAGCUGGUUGUUGAGCCAAACGGAGUCAGAGCUCCAACCAUGGAAACAUCCCAGGUUGACAUCAUCUCCACUCCAGAUCCAGGAGGAGACCGGAUCUGGAUCAGUCGCUCCAGACCGGCUCUCUGGAUCCUUCUUGGACUUUUUCCCUCAGUGAUCCUCUCUGCUGUUUGUGUUUGUGUCUGUCAGAGGAAACAACCAGAAGGUCAGAAUCCUCUGUACGCCUUUAACAAACCCUCUCUGGUGGCUGGAAGUGUUCAUCAGUGGAUCCAUCAGUGUGAAUGAGACUGAGACUGGAAAACACUGGAGGACAAAGUAAAACAGGAAAUGGAUUUACUUGGACAACACUUUUACUUCAAUGGAUCAAAGGGUUUUCCAGUACUGUGUUUGUUUGAAACAAAUGCAGUCCUUUAGUUCCAAACAGCUGCAAUGCAAUUUCUACUUUGCACAAUAUUUUGAUGAAAUCACUUUUUUGAGUUGAAGCUAAAAUCUUUGUGACCUGCUGUUUGUGAAUGAAAUCAGAUUAGAUCAAUCUUGUAAAUGAAAAUGUAAAUAAACAGAUAAAUGAGAACUCUUCA